AUAUAGUAUAGUUUUGUACCUUUAAAUAAAACAGUUUUCCUUUGAGUUCAGAAUGAGCAUUGAUAGUUCGAAGCCAGUAAUGACGUCCACAAAAGAAGAAGAAGAAAGCUUCAGCUCUGCAAUGCAGCUGGUGACUUCUACUGUGCUGUCUAUGUCCAUGCAAUCAGCAGUUGAGCUUGGAGUUUUCGACAUCAUAGCCAAAGCUGGUGCGGGUGCGGGUCUCUCCUCAACCAAGAUUGUAGCUCAGCUAGGCACCCAGAACUCCGAGGCGCCCAAGAUGUUGGAUCGAAUCCUCAGGCUACUGGCAAGUCACUCUGUGCUCAACUGCACCGUGGUUAAUGCUAAUGAUGAUGAUCAGAGUGAUGGGCCUAAUUUUCAGAGGGUUUAUAGUCUUGCUCCUGUGUCCAAGUACUUCGUGAAAAGUGAUGAAGACGGUGUUUCUUUAGGCGCCCUGAUGGCAUUGGUUCAAGACAAGGUCUACUUGGACAGCUGGUUCCAGUUGAAAGGUGCUGUUGUAGAAGGAGGAAUCCCAUUUAACAGGGUCCAUGGCACACAUGCCUUUGAGUAUCCAGGUUUGGAUCCCAGGUUUAACCAAGUGUUCAACACAGCAAUGUUCAACCACACCACUAUUGUUAUCAAGAAAAUUCUUGAUCUCUACAAGGGUUUUGAGCACCUUAAGCAACUUGUUGAUGUUGGGGGUGGCCUUGGAGUGACUCUUAGCCUAAUCACUUCUAGAUACCCUCACAUUAAGGGCAUCAACUUUGACUUGCCUCAUGUCAUCAAAGAUGCCCCUUCUUACACUGGAGUGGAACAUGUUGGAGGAGACAUGUUUGCAAGUGUUCCAAGUGGGGAUGCCAUUUUUAUGAAGUGGAUACUUCAUGACUGGAGUGAUGAACACUGCUUGAAGCUCCUGAAAAAUUGUUACAACGCUAUACCAAACAAUGGAAAAGUAAUUGUUGUGGAAGCACUUCUUCCAGUUGUGCCAGAGACUAGCACUGCUGUGAAGAGCACCUCCCAAAUUGAUGUGCUUAUGAUGACACAGAACCCGGGAGGAAAAGAGCGAAGCAAAGAAGAAUUCAUAGCCUUGGCAACUGCUGCUGGGUUUCGCGGCAUCAGAUAUGAAUGUUUUGUCUGUGAUUUUUGGGUUAUGGAGUUCUUUAAGUAGAUCGGCAAGCUUAGAAGCUGCUAUCAUGCACAAAAUACUUAAGCUUCAUCUAAGAUUCCGCUAUAUGUGGAGUUCAUAUUGUUUGCAAAUGUUUCUCUUCUUUAAGACUGCAAAUUUGCUUAACGAGAGAAAAGAUCAAGUCAUUAACAGAUAAGAACUGCACAUAAUCUGCUGAUUAUUUAACUUUCCCAUUGUUAUUUGGCUAGCAAUCUUAAGGAAUCCAAUAUAAAAUA